AUGAGCAUUGGAGACUAUGCUCUAGUUAUCUUCGAGACAACUGGGAACUCUUUUGCAAUUGGAUGCUCGAUGGCAUUUGCCAGUAGCAUGUUUAAGCAGAGGGAGGAGCAGCCCCAUUCUAGACUCUCCCUAAGGAGAGGAGGGGAGUUGGCAAAGCACGCCAUGAUAUAUUCGUCUCUGUACUAUGGACUAAGGGCAAUUAGGGCCACUGGAUGGAUUAGACAUCUGGCCCCACCAUUUAUUGCGUCUUUCACUUGUGGCAUAAGGAACGGACGGGGCUUUGGGGUCAGAAGUGGCUUAAACGGGGUGGCAAGUUCUCUUAUGCAGGAAGUUGUUAAUAAGAUGAAGUGGAGUUAG